GUCUCAUUUGUAGCGAGCGGCAGAGCACGGAGCAGACAUGUCUCUAGAGCUGGAGGAGAAUGUCCCCACCACUGAGGAGGAGGAGGAGGAGGAUGAAGAAGAGGAGGACUCCCCCACCGAGAAGAGGACCUCCAGGAGAAACAAGGGGGCAGCAGCAGCUUCAUCAGGGGCCAAGAAGAAGAGCAAGAAGAAGAACCAGCCGGGCAGGUACAGCCAACUGGUGGUGGACACCAUCCGCAAACUGGGCGAGAGGAACGGCUCCUCCCUGGCCAAGAUCUACAGCGAAGCCAAGAAGGUGUCCUGGUUCGACCAGCAGAAUGGCCGCACCUACCUGAAGUACUCGGUGAAGGCGCUGGUGCAGAAUGACACCCUCCUGCAGGUCAAGGGGGUCGGGGCCAACGGGUCCUUCCGCCUCAACAAGAAGAAGCUGGAGGGAGGGGGAGCCCCUGAGAAGAAGGCGACCCCUGUCCCCAAACCUGCGGCCAAAAAGACUACCAGUGCCAGCAGCCCACAAAAGAAGAGCCAUAAGAAGGCAAAGCCCAAGCCUAAACCCAAGAAGGAGGCCCCCAAAAAGAGCAGCCCCAGGGCCGCCCCCAAGAGCAGCAAGAAGAAGGCAGCGAGCGGAGGGGGCAAGAAGGUGAAGAAGACCGCCAAGCCCAGCGUGCCCAAGGUGCCCAAAUCCAAGAAGGCGUGAUGACUGCCAGCAGCAGGUUCAGGGCGGACCAAUCAGAUCGCUUGAUAUUGUUGUGUGUGUGCAAUGAUGUGACUCGUCUUUCCGGAGCUUCAGCCCUGGGGAUGGGGAGGGGGUCUGGGCAGCUCCACGGUUAUGUACACCCUGCCUCCAUAGCGCGGAGCUGCGGCUGCUCGAUACAAUGUAUCUAUCUGUCAUUCUUCUCCGAACUUUGAAACAAAUGGGGAUUGCUGAUUGGCUGGAGAGCGGCAGUCACCCUGGCGACGGCGUGUGGGGGGGCGGGGCCUCGGUGACAGCUCUGACGUGGCAGGUAGGAGGCGGGGCCUGCCUGACAGGACUUUCGGUGUCAUCUGACUGUUCUCCAUGACUUCUCGGUGGUUGUUUUUGUUCUCUUGCUGGGACCUUGUUUGUUCCUAUUUUUAUUUGUAUAUUUUGUGUUGCUCAUUAUUUUGCACUUGUUUAAUAUUUUGAUGGUUCUCUUUUUAUUAUGUCUUUUGUGUUUUUUUUGUUAUUUUUUAUGCUGAAUUAAAAACAAAUGUUGCUUAAA